ACGAACAGUCUGGAGGCGGUGCAGGCAGAGCAGGCGUUUAUAUUGUGUUCUGUGGGGUUAGCUAGUUAGUUACAAGGCGGGCAAUGGGCCGGGCCAAAGGUACAUUCUCUAUCGCACUCUGUGUGGCGUCCCGGACUUGAAGAGGCACGAUUGUUAGAAGAGACGGCUCUGCAAUUAAAAAUCAAAUGCGAGCCUUGCUUUAACGCUGGAAGUAGACCCGAGGAGUCCGAACUCAUAAAAGACGUUCUGCACUUGGCGAGUGUAACAGUGCUUGGUGGUGGACACGUUGCAACCGGUAUAGACAAUGGCUUGUUCUGCCUGGUUGGCUGUGCUUGCGUUCCUCGUCUCUUGCGACCGCAGUCUGAUGACCUGCUUGCCAGAGUGUCACUGCGAAGUGGAAAGUUUUGGGAUGUUCAGCAGUUUCAGUCUCACCAAAGUCGACUGCAGUGGCGUUGGGCCUCACCUCACCGUCAUCCCCAUUCCGUUGGAUACUUCCUACCUGGACUUGUCCCGCAACCGCUUGAAGGCCGUGUCGCCCCAGAUGUUCACGGGGCCUGGAUACACCAUGUUGAUGAGCCUGGAUCUCAGCUACAACGAGAUAACAGGAAUGUCCUCCAGCACCUUCUCCAAGCUGAGGUACCUGGAGGCCUUGAACCUCAGCCAUAACUCCCUGGAAGUGCUGGAAGAGGGGAUCUUCACCAACCUGCCCCUGGGUGAGGUAGACCUCAGUAGCAACAAGCUCCGUAGCAUAAACCUGGACACCUUCACCUCCAAAGGCCACAUGAAGCCCCUGAGCUUGGACCUGUCCGGGAACAUGAUAACUGCAGUUGCCCGAAGUUUGGAUAAAGCCAUCCCCAAUAUUUACAGCUUGGAAUUGUCGGGAAACAGAUUGGAUGCAGUGCCCUCCCGUUACCUCUCCAACAUCCCCUUGCGCUACCUGGGCCUGGCUGGGAAUGCCAUCUCCAGCAUUCCCGGGGAUGCUUUCACGGGACUGCAGGAACUGACCCGCCUGUCUCUCCAGGGUCUCCCGGCACUGUCUGACUUGUCCCCCUCCAGCUUCCGGGGGCUGCAGAACCUCCAGGUCCUGGAUCUGUCACACAACGGCAACCUGAGAUGCUUGGACCUGGCGGUGUUCGAGGGCCUGAGCUCCCUACAGGAGCUCCGCCUGGAGAUGUCUGGUGUGGCCACCCUGCCGGACGCCAUUCUCAACCACCUGCCUGCCAUCAAAACCAUCACCAUCGGCGCCAGCCUGCUGAGAUGCGGGAAGACAACCAAGGAAGGCUCUUUCCACCGGCAGUUUGGCUUUGGCCAGAGGGAACAAUCCCUUCACUGCAUUGACGUCAGUGGCUCCUCUAACAUUCAAUACACUUUAAAACUGAAAUGACCUUCUCUGGUGCCUUUCUAAUUCAAUGGAACUCCAAAGUGCCUUCGUUAAUUAAACUUCCUAUAAUGCCACAA